UUUUUAAAGAAGGCAUGAAUAGAAAAGAAAGGAAUUUGAGGAAAGGGUUUAUAAAGAGUUUUAGCAGAAAAGCAGAAGGGUUUAUAAAAUACACCAAUUCAUUGCUUGGAGAUGGAGAAAGGAACUUAAUUUAUAGAAGUGCUAAAGAGAGAGUGUGAUUGAAUUUUAUCAACGAGCUAUAGUUUAAAUGGUAUAAGCGCCGGAAAAUAAACUGUUCAAUUCCUUCUGCGCGCUCCCCCACUCCAAUUAUAUAUAAAAAAAAUUGAAUCGUUUUUCAAAGAAUGGAGAACAGUAGCAGCAGUAGAAGUAGCAAUAAUAGCAUUGUAAUGAGAAAUCAAAGAAAGCCAUUAGAGAAUCCCUUUACUUUUAAAGUGCUUCAAGUAUUUACUGGCUUUGGCUUUGGUUGUGGCGUUGGUAUUGGUGUUGGAAAACCCAUGAAUUUAGGUGCGUUACCAAUGGUAGGGCAAGUUAUGAGUGCAACCAGAGGUGCAACUGACGCCUUUUCUGGUGCUAGCAGGCAUGUAAACGAUGCUUUGCGGAAGAUAGGAGCUAAGAGAAUUGAAACAGGCAUUGGGUGUGGAGUUGGAUUCGGAUAUGGCUUUGGAGUUGGUCUGGCUGUGAAACCUGGAGUGGUUCAGAAGCUUCAACUAAGCCUCAUGGAAGCAAUGAUGAAGAUGAUGACAAAACUUGGAAUGACUCCCAAUUUAUUAAAUGGUGAAGGUGGUCUUCCUAUGCUCACGCAAAGUGCUAUGAACACAAUGGGUGGACCCUUGGUUCAAAGCCCACUAAAAAGUAUUACACAAAUGACACCACAGUUUCCUGGCCAAACAUCUCAAGGCACUCAUGGUCUUGGAAAUAUGAGUCCAAACUCAAGCUAUGGAAAGUCUACAUUAACAAGCAGUGUAGCUGACACACCAUUUGGCAGUCGCACAGAAAAGGUCCUCAGCAGUUUCUUACAGAGUCCGAUUCUGAAAGAAGACGACACCAACCUAAAUGAAGUGGCUGGGCGCCUGCGGUCAGAAAACAACCUACUUCAAAUGGUGUUGAAACACCAGAAAGUCAUCGAAGGGCUUAUGGAGGAGAAUGAGAAGCUUCGCGAAAUACUGGUGGAAGACCUAAAAAUAUCACCCAGCAAGCUCCAAUCUAGUUACUCAUCCAGAACUAAGUCUGCAUGCGAUGAUUGUUUUGAGUGCCGAAGAAGACGGAGAAAAAGCAGAUGAAGAUAAAUUAUCACCGGUGAAAACAUUCAAAUUUUGACCACUUAUAACAAUUACCAGUUGAACAAAUUGAUUAAACAUCAAAUAUACACAAUGUUAUACAGAAUAACGGAAGUUUCUCGUGUUUUACUUUCAGGAUUUCAUUUCUGUUUUUUAUAAACUUUUUUGAAACUCAAAUACAUUAUAUUUAUGACUUAUUCUUGUAAAAACAUCUUUUGUUGUUUUCA